AUGAAUAACGACAAUUCGUGUCACAAAUUCAACAAUAACCAUGUAACCACCAAUCAAUCGCAGUCAAAUUGUAAUUGGAAAUCAAAUUCCAAUUACGAUAAUGGAAUAUUUUCUACAAACCUUAUAACGAACUAUUGGGACAACAGAAAUCAUCCUAUAGACCCAAUAAUGAACAAUUGGGAUAAUGGAAAAUUCCCUAGCAAUCCGGAAAUGAACAAUUGGAAUAAUAGAAACGUACCCUUUAAUCCAGACAUGAACAAUUGGAAUAAUAAUGGAAAAGCCGCCACAAACCCAGUUAUGAACAACUGGGACAAUGGAAACGUACAUUUAAAUCAAGAAAUGAACGGUUGGGAUAAAGGAAACUUUCCAGUAAAUUCAGCGAUGAAUAACUGCGUUGGCAAAAAUUUUCCUUCAAACCCCAACUGUGUAAAUAACAAUUGGAAUGAUGGAAAUUUUGAUACUGUGGGCUACAACUAUUCAUCAUCGUUUAAUAAUCAAAACCAAACACGCAACGCAAACUUCAUGCAGAGGUGUAAUCCUUACAAAAAUCUUUACUGCGAUUAUUCAGAAGAUGAUUACAAAAAUAUUCAACAUUUGAGACGUUUUUACGAACCGAACCAAACACCGAAUUUCGAUGAUGUGGUGCUUGCAAAAAAUCAGCAAAAAGUGUGGUGUCCCCAAUAUUGCAUGGGACAAAAUUGUGAAAUGACCGCUAACAGACCAAUUUCGUGUUCAAACACAAGUUUUGAAGGGUCUGGUAUGCAAAUGUAUUCUGGAAACGCUUACCAAAGUGGUUAUUUCAACGAUAAUAAUUUGUAUCCAAACGACUCAAAUUUUUUCAACGACGUUUAUGAUAGUUCAAACAGUUCAAGCCUCCAACAGCAUUCUCAACCGUCUCAAAAAGCUGAAAAAAAACCAAGAGAAGCACUUGUACCAUUAAUUGCAUCUGCAAUUCUUAGUUCAUCUGAUAAUAAAAUGAACUUAGCUAAUAUUUGCCGCUACAUCAAAGAAAACAGCAACAUAUAUGGUCAAAUGACGGAUGAAAAAUGGAAAAACAACGUCAGACAUACCUUGUCCCAUUAUGAAUUUUUUGUCAAGAGUCGAAGAAUAAAAGGUGGUAGAGGAUUUUACUGGGCAGUUCAUGAAGCUUGUUUGAACAGUUUUAGGGAAAAAGAUUUUAGAAUCAAAAGGGCUCGUCGACAAGUUGAAAAAUACCUUUUUUCAAAAUAG